UACGUAUUCAUUCUGGAGCGUGCAUUGGAACACAAUGACUAUAUUAAUGAAAUGGGGAAAAGACGAAGAAAUUUGUUGGCGAAAAAAGAGGAGGAAGAACAGGAAGAGGAGAGAGAACUUUUGAUCAAAACAUUACUCGGAAAAAGAAAAAAGGUUACCCCUUCUGAUAGCUCAUUAGAGACGAAUUCAUCGGAUGAUUAUGUUGAAGAAUCUAAAAAA